AUGCACCUUCUCGCAGCAAUAAUUGGAUAUGUUUGUUUUGUCCUACGUGGCAUUUUAGUGGCUUUGGUGGAUUUCUACAUCAUGUGCGUCCGCGUUGGUUUUGUAUGGAGGCGAAGAUGUGACCGUCAACCAUCGAUGGGGCGGCGCGAUCUUGUCAUGCAAUUGGCGCCUCAAUCGCCGCGGCACAGCCGCCUCAGCUCGGCAGACAUGAUUCUGGCGCUUAAUGAGCCUUUUUUGGAUCGAGCUUUGUGGAUGGGGUUGGACUUCGGCCGGGCUCAGCCCACGGCCAUUGUUACAGGGGUUUCGUACGGAGGGAUAGGCUUCUAUGUUGCACUGAACCUAAUUUUAUGUGGCUUUAACGUCCAUGGUGUCUGUCGCACCCUCCAAUCUGUGCGCUGCGCAGAGCGGAAGAUGCAGUUUGCCGUGGAGCGGCAGUGUAAGCUUCAUAAAGGGUGGGUAGGGAAGACUGGACGCCUUAUUGCUCAUGUGUGUGACAUGAGCGACACCGUUGCCGUGAGCAACCUUUGUACCGUCCUUCUGCGUGAUGCGAACAUUCGCGUAGUUGUCUGCGGUGCAGGUUGUAUGGCAACGCCGCCUCGCCUCUCGCCGCAGAGGCUGGAAGAGCAGUUUGCGGCACAACACUUGGGUCACGGCCUGUUAAUGCUUCGGUUGCUGCAGCAUCGCAUUCAGCAGUUGAAAGUGUGCACCUCAGCUCGACCGCGUUGGCGUUUUGUUGUUGUUUCGUGCGCCUUCCCUCGGGUCACAGAUCCUACGCAGGAGGAUAUGUUUCAUUCCUACGAAGACGACGAGGAAGCUGAAUUUUGCUCCACAUUUAACCGCUAUGACGGAUGGAGUCGGGCAGAGAUGUGUAGACUUCUCUUUGCCCUUGCACUGAGUCGGUACGUAGAACGCGAUCGUCGGCUUGCCCCCUUCUGCACGGUCAACGUGCUCCACCCCGGGCCCACCCGCAGCCGCAUGAUUGCCAACAGCCGGCUGCCGCUUGCAGGUGUCCUCGACAGUAGUAUUGGCGCCUUGUUGAGACUUUCUCCUGCCAUAACCGCGCUGUACGUCACGGACCUCUGUCUCAGCAAACGUUUAGACGACACGAACGGGCACUUUUUUCGCAUGGGAGACGACCAGGCGGCGUCCUUUACCGCACUGCAGAAGAAUGCUGAGGCGAGGGUGGGAUUCUGGGUCAACUCACUCUUUUUUACUGGGAUACCAGCGCCAGCCAUCUCCAUGUCAACUAGCAAGCAAAACGCACUUUGGCGCUUCACUCUAUCCUAUCUCACCUCCCACGCACUACUAGAUGCUAAGAUUUUUCGCCAAUACGGAGAUGACAAGCUCAGCUAA